AACAACAUACUUCGAUUAUAUUCUUAUCAAUGCCAAUCACACAGAUAAUAUUAAUGAGUUCAUUUAAUGUAGUAAUAAACGUGUCAUGCAAAGACACAUACGUGAAAUUUGGAACGCGAAAUGAGAUUUCUUCUAUUAUCAUGCUUGAUGACGUUAUGUUGGGCAGAGCCACGUGUUCUCGAGCCCCCAAUACGAGUGGAACUAGAGCCACCAGAGUCUUCCAAUCUCAAUACAAGAAAUGUCCUCACUAGUUGGAUAACCAUGCCGCUAGAUCACUUUGACCCACAAAACAGAGAGACAUUUCAAAUGCGGUUCAUGUUCAAUGAGGAAUUCUUCGGUGGAGAAGGCAAGCCGGUGUUCAUAAUGGUGGGCGGCGAGUGGGCUAUUGCCCCGGGUUGGCUGCGCGCCGGAAACAUGUACCUCAUGGCGCAGGAGAAUCAGGGAUACCUUAUUUAUACAGAACAUCGCUACUAUGGGGAGACACUGCCAUAUACAGAAUUUACGACUGAGAACUUAAGAUUUCUGAACGUGGACCAAGCUUUGGCAGACAUCGCAUAUUUUAUUUUAGAAUUGAAAAAGCAAGAACGCUUCGCGAACAGUAAAAUCAUCUUGUACGGGGGUUCAUAUGCCGCGAACAUGGCUCUAUGGUUCAAACAGAGAUAUCCUCACUUGGUUGAGGGCGUUGUCGCCUCCAGUGGCCCUAUCAAGGGAAAAGUUGAUUUUGCCGGUUAUUUAGAGGUUGUUCACGAAGCAUUUAAAUCCGAAGGGGGCGAGCAAUGUAUAUCAACCAUAAGACAAGGAAUUGCCGAUACAAUUGCAGCAAUGGAGAGCAUACUGGGCAGACAAUCACUUGAAGAAGCGUAUAGGCUUUGCAAUCCUCUGAACUAUGACAACGAACUGGACUUAGGUUACUUCUCGGGGCUCAUAACGUGGUCUUUCUCCGGAUCGGUGCAGCGCGCACGUCCCGGCACGCUACUAGCAAUUUGUAACAAUUUCGCCACUAACAUUUACGGAGAAACCCCAAUGAAAAAAAUUGGCGGUUACAUAGCCGCGACUCAAAACCUAGGUUCAUGUUGGGCUACUGGAUUCGAAACUUUUCUAAGGACAUAUAAUACCACUUCUAUUUCGAGAGCGUGGUAUUACCAGACGUGUACAGAAUACGGGUAUUUCCAGAUAGCACCGAAAUCUGGCACAGUGUUCGAUCAGUUAAAAUGGCUCGACGUUGCAUUUUAUGUUGAAGUAUGCAAGCAGGUUUUCGAUCAAAGGUUUGACGAGGCGUUUGUAUACGAUGCGGUGGACCGCGUCAAUUUAAUAUUUGGCGGUUUGAAUCCCGAUGUGAACAACACCAUCAACAUCCACGGUACCGUAGACCCGUGGCAUGCCCUCGGCGUCUAUGACAGGGAUUUAAAAGAAGGUUCUCCUACCUAUACAGUUCCAAGGGCGUCUCAUUGUUUCGACAUGCAAGGCUGGCUGAGUACAGACACCAUUCUAAUGACACGGGUGCAGCAAGCCGCUAGAAGAUUGGUGGCGCGUUGGCUGUCUUGAUUUAAACUAAGUUAUUUUGUUAAACUUUAUAUUUUUGUAAACAA